UAGUUCUAAUUAAGAAAUGGCAAGAAAAAGGAUUUAAGUUAUAUACACGGACGGUUAGAAAAUUUGUUAUAUUAAUAUAACUUAACUUAUUAUUGGAGGUUUGUUACCCAUUUUAUCAGGUUACCAAUUAAUGUUUUUCAUCGAGAUCACCAAUAAUUACCUAAUAAAUAACCUGAUGGUCAGUGCAUAGAACUUAAACUUAGAAAAAAGUCAGUCUUGUUUAACAGCUAAUUAAACUAGAAAAGGAGCUGCCUGCUCAAGUGGAAGAUGUUAAAUGUAUAAAAAUGUGAAGUGAUUUCAAGGCUAGGAUUACUUGAGAAAAAAAGAAGAUGAUAAGGGUUGCUGGACCACAAAACUUGGACCGUGGAGGUAGUAGGGUCAAGAAUAUUUAAAAAAAAAAAAAAAAGAGUUGUCAAGAAUAUUUAAAAAAAGAAAAAGAGUUACACUUUUUUCAUUUGAUCCUCUGUAAUGGGCAAUUCAAGAACUCACAAGUUCUUUUUGGUUGCUGAAUUCCAUGGCACAAGUCCUUUGUGACCUUUGUUUUGAGCUCUGAAGAGCUUUUUUCUUUGGUGUCAUUUUCUUGACUAAGUCCUCAUGGGGUUAGGUUACAAUAUGGGAAAAAGUAAAAGUGUCACUACCUGCUACAUUAUCCCAUUGAUCAAUACAAACCAAGAUGUUAAUUGAUGAAGUGCCAAUGCCAUUGCUUCUCUAAGAGUAUUGCUGAGACCAUUUUCCAGCCUGACAAUAACAAUAAUUUCGCCUUCAUCAUGCAGUGGGCGGAGGCAGAGGGGUGCAACUUGAAAAAACUGUACUAUAACAACACGAGAAUGGCCAGUAGAACAAAAUAUUGCACCUCAAGAAUAAAGUCUUUCGUUAUCCCACUAGCAAAUUACUCUAUCGAGACUGACUACUUUUUUCCAGUUUCCUUUUUCGAGCUACUAGGCCUAUUGGGAAAUUUGAAAGGCAUAACAUCAACAUAUGUGGCCUCUCAAUGCGUCCUAAAACUAUACCAGGAUGGACAAGUAGAGAGCAUUAACAAGAAUGACCCUCAACAACUUGCACAGUAUGCAGCUCACUUCAUUGCCAACACCGAUGAAGCUCAGUCCUGCAACUUCGCCUCAUUUGUCCCUAUUGGUGAAGAUGCACCUCUCCAGCGCGCAGAGUGGAUAAAAUACUUAGGAGUUUUCGCAAAUAUGGAGAACAGGGCAAACCAAGUCUAUGAUGCGAUUAAGGAGAACUAUUUGUGCUUGAGCAAAGCUGCAACUAGUAGGAAUUCAUUUAAACCCACAGUCUCUUGGAUGGAGUAUAAAGAUGGAGUGUGGUCAUUUACAAGGGAGCCAUACAAAUUAAAGUUUGUAGAGGAUGCUAGUGGAGUCAAUAUUGAUGAUUCCAUCAACAAGGUCACAUACAAUAUGUCUCUUCCUGAUGAUUUGGAAGUGUUUCAUGCCAUUCUGUGUACUGUGGAUGUAGUGAUUGAUGAAACAUAUACCUCAGAUCCAGAGGCUUAUAAUGUCUCCACAUUUCUUGGAAACAUCAAUUUGGAAGAUCAAUCUUGCUUUGCUUUUCUCUCAAAUCAAAGCAUGUGGAGAUAUGAUAAAAGAGUGCAAAAUUCUACAGUGCUUGACUGGUAUGAUGGAGCUGUCGCUCAACCGCAACUGGUCCUAGCAGAUAUUAUUGAAGCUUUAUAUCCUACAGGAAAUUAUAACACUACAUAUUUCAGAAAUAUCGCGAAGGGAGAAGGGAUCAUAAGCAUUGGUCCUGAAAUGUGUGAAAGAGAUAGCUCCAUCCCAAUGGAACCAACAGUUGUAGCUUGCCAGUAGCUAUAUAUUCUUUGUCAUGAUUUUUCGGUUCUUUUUUUCUCAUUUUGUUCUUUUAAUUCUUCAAAUUUAUUGUAAGUUUCAGUACUAGAUAUUCUUCAUCAGCUACAGAAAGAAAAAGUUGAAGCCAUUGCCCAUUAUCA